CAAUCCCCUUAAUGAAUUGGCUCUCAGGAUAGUUUCUAUAUAACAUUAGGUUGCUCUUCUCCACUCCACUCGACCCUCAUCAAGAGAUUCUCACACCCCAAUCAUCACCCACUCCAAUAUCAUCCAUCAAUCUUGCAUAUCCGCCAGCCUCACGCGUAUAACAUCCACAAUGGCCACCAAAUCUAAAGUUCACGAGAUUGUCAUCUUAGGAUCUCAUUUCGCAGGCCUGGGAACUGCCCAUUCUCUCCUCCGGGACAUCAUCCCUACCCUCUCCAAGCAAACACCGAAUGUCACGUAUCACGUCACAAUUGUUGCCCCGCACACCGAGUACUUCUAUAACAUUCCCGGCCCGCGAUACUUGGUUAGGAAGGAGUUAAUCGAUCCAAGCAAGCUUUUCUUUCCAAUUGCAGGAGCAUUGAAGGGAUACAAGGCAGAUCAGUAUGCCACCGUCCAAGGGAAGGCGACUGCAGUGAACCCGGAGAGCAAGGUCGUCAGUGUUGCAUUGCAGGACGGUGCAACACUGGAGAUCGAAUAUCAGAGCCUCGUCAUCGCCACAGGCACAACCUCGAAUUCAAAGCUCUGGCAGAUAAACGACCACCAGGACGUCACGAAAGACCUGUAUCUCUCCGUCCAGGCAGCGCUUCUAACAGCAAAGCGAGUCUUGAUCGCAGGUGGCGGUGCCGUCGGCGUCGAGACUGCUGGUGAAAUCGCUACCCAUUACCCCAAGGCCGAAAUCACCAUACUAUCCGGCAGCGACCGACUUCUCCGCCGUCUUGUGCCUGGAAACAGUUCCUCCGCGGAGGCAAGGCUAAGCGCUCUUGGCGUCAAGACCGUUCAUAAGACCCGAGUCAGGUCCGCCGCAGAGACCGCAACUGGCGCCACAACUGUGGUUUUCAAUGACGGAACUACUCAAACAGUCGAUGUGUACAUCGACGCCACCGGCGGCAAGCCAAACACCUCCUUCCUCCCACCAGCGUGGGUGGACUCCAAGGGCUACGUGAUUACCGAUGGCGGCAAGACCCUCCGCACCCCAACGGCAGGCGUAUACGCUCUCGGAGACGUCGCCGACUACAGCAACGGGUCGCUCAUCGACGCAAUGGCCUCAAUUGUACCUGUGGCAACUAGUAUUGGCAUUGAUAUCGCUACUGGCGCUGGGAAUGGUGAGCUAUUCAAGCAGAAGCUUUUCAAGGGUAUGAAGGGCACCCAGAUUGUUCCGACUGGACCUAGCUCGGGAGUGGGCCAGGUUAUGGGCUGGCGUGUCCCGGGGUGGUUUGUUUGGUUGAUCAAGUCGAGAACGUUCUUUGUGGAGAAGGCGGAGCCGACUUGGAUGGGAUUGGAGAUUGCGAAGGCUUGAGGGUUGUUCGUGGUGGGAGUUAUAGGCGUUCUACCAUGUUGGGGGUGUCUGUCAGUUUUUGUAGUGCGAUAGAUUGGCAUGUUGUAAUAAUCCCGCUUCUGCUGCAGUUGAAAUAAUAUAGAGUAUUUUUUCCCCCC